CCCCAACCGCCUGGCCUUGGCCUCAACGUCCUUCGACUCAAUUGAUCACCCAACAGCCGGUGUCAAAAUUACUGGACUGCCUCCGCCCAAAGCGCCGUACCCGUUCCCGUACCCGCAACCGCACCCGCACCCGUGCCGGACAGCCGGCCGUCCCCGAACCAUCGUCAAUCCGGACUUUGGACAAAGCCUCCCCAGGAGGGCCUAGCCGGCGGGCGUGAUGAACUCCUCAUCGUGGAGUGCCCCGGACCACAGUCACCACCCGGCCCUACACACCGCAGCCGAUGAUGACUUCCACCAGUUCUUGGAUAUAAACGACAUGGGCGAUCUAUCUGACGCCUUGGACUUUGACUUUCGCGACUUUGCGGCCGACCAACAUACCGCCCACCAUGCUGGCCGCCAUGCCGCCGACCAUCUGCUACAUUCGUCGGGGGGAGAGCAUCUGGACACCCCCAUGACUGGUACCGACAUGUCCAUGAUCUUAUCGCCCGUAGACCAUGCCAUGCUCCGACAUGGGGUGCAACAGCAACAGCAACACCAGCAACAUCAGAUGCCCACUAUUACCACGACUGCGCCAUAUCAGAACGCCCCGACGGCCUUGAUACAGCCAUCUACACCCUCAGAGGCCAUCGUCAACACCAUCGAUGCCCAAAUCCAGUUCCUCCAGCAGCAGAAGUUGCAUGCUCAGCACCAGCAACUGCAAGAGCAACAGGCCGCCUACUUCGCUUCUCAACAGAACCACAUAGUUCCUCCUACACCUCAGAGCCUGGAACUCACUGCUGGAUCUAGUCAGAAUUACUAUGCCCAGUCGACACUAUCUGACCAACACCACUCCGGGCCACAGAAACAGCAGCAGCCGCAACAAGCCAUCGACUACAGAUAUACAAGGAUCAAAGAUCAGCAUGAUAUGUCCUUCACCCCGUUGGUAUCACCGGCUGUGACACCGCUGGAGACCCAUUUUCCCAUCGAUACUCCGUUUGCCGUCCCUGGAGCGUACUUCAGCCCCCUUACCUCGCCAGCCUUGCACGCGCAAAAUGACGCUUUGGGUAUCAUUGACCAGAGGCUCGGGAUGAUGAGCGGGAGCUCGCCAAGGGAGAUGGAACUCGAACCACCUGCCAUGUCUCAAGCGAGCGUUAGCCCAGGCGAUUUGGCUAGGAAGACGCGCAAGAACGCAGUGAAGGCCAGGGCAAAGAGCGGCAGUGGCAUCAAACAGUCUCCCAUCUCGAAGCCGAUACGCAGAAAGACGGCCACCACCCCGAUGCUCAACCCCCAAGCUUUGAACCAACUGGUUGAGAAUGCAGCACCAAGUCAGGAACGCCAACACCCUCUUACGCCGCUAAUACCGACCUCGUCUUCGUCCACAGCUGGUGUAACUGACUCUGAGAAUGGGUCCAUCUCCCCCGAAAAUCUCAACGAUGUUGUCUUGCCGGUUGAGAUGCCUCCGCCCCCGCUUCCGAAACCUCGCUCCGCCAAACCGUCCCCUUUUCUGGCACCUCAAGCGAGCGGUAGUGCUGUGCCUAUUAACCUCCAGCCGGGACGGCCUGGAAUUGCCUCUCCCGCAACACCAGCAUCACUGAUGAAACUAAGCUCGCCGAGCAAUCGCAACCCUUCAGUGGUAGGAACCGGCUCUCAUGACCCAAUGGAUCCCGACCACAUUGAGAACUUUGAGCUCCCGGACUCCAUCAACUUCUCGUCCGCACCAAAACCCGCCCCUGUAGUUACCACUCUUGGAACACCGGCUCUCGAUCCUCUCCAAAAGGCCGCCGCGCCUCUACAAACGCCAAGCCUCCCACCACCACCUUCUCCUGUGGUGGCCAAGCCUCUGGCACUUCCUUCCGCUGCUCUUUCCAGUCCACAACUGAAGCCCGAUUCCGCUCAUAGCCUGAAACGGACACCCCAACUUGCACCCAUGGGAAGAAGCAGCAAAAAGCGUGCAAGCGUGACCUCCAUCCAGAUGUCCCCGGCCCUUCGACCCAGGAUCUCGCCCAGCAUCAAGCCUCUGCUACCAGGAGGUUCUGCGGGUGCCGAAGACGCAGCAUCGAUUUUGCUCGCCACCAAAUCCAACUACCAACGCAUCCUCGAGGGCAACACAGUUCCCGGCGUUUCGUAUCCCAGCGAGCUUUCCACGAACCUCACAUCGAAGCGGACGUCGCACAAGAUCGCGGAGCAAGGCAGGAGGAAUAGGAUCAACUCCGCGCUGCAGGAGAUCGCCACGCUUCUCCCCAAAGCUCCUGCGAAGGAGGGGGGAGAUGGGGAUGGAGACGGUCAUAGUAGUAGCGGUGGGGGCGGUGGCAGCGGGGGUGCUGACAGGGAAGAUAAGAGGGAGAAGGAGAAGGACAAGGCUGGAGGGGGGAUACCCAAUAGCAAGGCGAGCACGGUGGAGAUGGCAAUUGAGUAUAUCAAGCAGCUGCAGAAGGAGGUGGCGGACGCGAACAAGAGGGCGGAAGAGGCAGAGAGGAAGUUGGUGGAGAUGAAAAUGCAGGGAGGCGCCGCGAUGGGGUCCGGAUCAUCAGUUGGUGAUGCUGGUGAUUUGGAGGCUCCAACCACGGAGGCUAAUCCGGUCGUGGAUGAGGGCCUGAAGUCUGGCGGUGGUGACGCGAUGGAUGAAUAAGAUAUCAAGAUCGGAUUAAAGAGCCUCCACAAACGCACGAGGUUGUUCUUUAACACGCGAUAACCAAUCUGGCGUGUACAACAGGCGAGUCGGGUGUAUAAGUGGGCAAAAAAGAGAAAGGGUUGGUUGACUUU